AUGAUCUACUCUGUCAGACUGGUGAACAGGACUGGUCUGUGUUCAGGCAGACUGGAGGUGAGGUCUGACCAGCGCUGGUCCCCAGUGUGUGAGGAGGACUUGGACCUGCAGGGUGCUCAGGUGGUCUGCAGGGAGCUGGGCUGUGGGGCUCCUUCAGUCUUCAAGGGGGGAAUGUUUGGAGAAGUGGAGGCUCCGUUCUGGACUAAGAAGUUCCAGUGUGAAGGCCACGAGUCUGCUCUCCUGGACUGUCCAGACUCAGGGUUGACUGGAAACACCUGUCCACCUGCUACAGCUGUUGGGCUCACCUGCUCAGACCCUGAUGAAGUCCAGUUGGUGGGAGGAUCCAGCACCUGCUCUGGUAGACUGGAGAUCAAACACCAUGGAGAGUGGAGACCAGGUUUUCCAGUUUACUGGACUCUUAAAGAUGCAGCUGUGAUUUGUAGCAGACUCAACUGUGGCUCUGCUGUUUCAUCAAGAAAGAUAGUUAAAUCCUUUCGCAGACCUGUGUGGGAGAUCAUCCCUGAUUGUGUACAGUCUACAUCUACAUUAAAAGAAUGUGUGAGAACAGAGGAUGAGUCCAGCUUUUAUGAACUGGAAAUCACCUGCUCAGACUCUGUCAGACUGGUGAACGGGACUGGUCUGUAUUCAGGCAGACUGGAGGUGAGGUCUGACCAGCGCUGGUCCCCAGUGUGUGAGGAGGACUUGGACCUGCAGGGUGCUCAGGUGGUCUGCAGGGAGCUGGGCUGUGGGGCUCCUUCAGUCUUCAAGGGGGGAAUGUUUGGAGAAGUGGAGGCUCCGUUCUGGACUAAGAAGUUCCAGUGUGAAGGCCACGAGUCUGCUCUCCUGGACUGUCCAGUCUCAGGGUUGACUGGGAACACCUGUCCAGCUGCUACAGCUGUUGGGCUCACCUGCUCAGACCCUGAUGAAAUCCGGUUGGUGGGAGGAUCCAGCACCUGCUCUGGUAGACUGGAGAUCAAACACCAUGGAGAGUGGAGACCAGGAUAUCCAAGUUACGGGACUCUUAAAGAUGCAGCUGUGAUUUGUAGCAGACUCAACUGUGGCUCUGCUGUUUCAUCUAGAAUGAUAGAGGAAUCCUCUGACAGACCUAUGUGGUUGAUCAACCCUGAUUGUGUAGAGUCUACAUCUACAUUAAAAGAAUGUGUGAGAACAGAGGAUGGGUCCGGCUUUUAUGGGCUGGAAAUCACCUGCUCAGACUCUGUCAGACUGGUGAACGGGACUGGUCUGUGUUCAGGCAGACUGGAGGUGAGGUCUGACCAGCGCUGGUCCCCAGUGUGUGAGGAGGACUUGGACCUGCAGGGUGCUCAGGUGGUCUGCAGGGAGCUGGGCUGUGGGGCUCCUUCAGUCUUCAAGGGGGGAAUGUUUGGAGAAGUGGAGGCUCCGUUCUGGACCAGAGACUUCCAGUGUAGAGGUAACGAGUCUGCUCUCCUGGACUGUGGAGGAUCUGGCUCAGGUAGAAACACCAGCUCACCUGGUAAAGCUGUUGGACUCUCCUGUGAAAAUCCAGAUUAUUUCAGGUUGGUGGGAGAGCCCAGCCGGUGUGCAGGAACACUGGAGAUGACACACCUGGAAAGGUGGAUACCUUUGGCAGAGGAGAGUUCUGUCUGGGACCAGAGAUCUGCAGAUGUAGUGUGUACAGUUCUGAAAUGUGGUUCUGCUGUUUCAACAAGAGGAGUGAGACACGAGAAUGGAAGCGGGGUGUGGAGGAUCCGAGGUUCCUGUGUCCAGACUGCGUCUUCUCUGUUUCAGUGUUUAAAGCAUGAACUUUAUCACAGCUACGAGGUCCUUGAGGUGAUCUGCUCAGGUAAUACCAAACAUCUUGAAUCUGGUAUCCUGAGUCCUUCUAUGAAUGUAUGA